ACCGGCACGUGAAACAGGACCCCUUCGCGCUUCCCCUCACAAUCGACUUCCAGACUCUCCGAUCACCGGGCGAACUCACUCUUACUCCCAUCUCGUUAAAUUAUGCGAAGAUAGAACUCGAUUUUUAGAGGUGGAAUCGAUCAAAAUAUAGUUCAAAAUGCGGCUUGGGUUCCAGUGCUUGGGUUUUCUCCUAGCCGCGGCUUUGGCCGUAUUCAAUAUCCCAGCGACAGAGUCACAAGCUGAAUGCCAAGGCUGCCAGGCGUGUGUUCCCAGAUGUAUUGGUGAGAAAGGAGAUCGGGGAGAAAGAGGUUUUCCUGGAUUAACAGGGUCUUCUGGUCUACCUGGAUUCGAAGGCCCAGAGGGUAUCCAAGGACCCAGAGGCUUCAAGGGUGACAAGGGAGAGGGAGGAGCUCAGGGCAUGAAAGGCCCAAGGGGCAAAAUUGGAAGACCAGGUUUCCCCGGAAGACCUGGAAUACCUGGAUUACCUGGAAAUGAUGGUCCGCGUGGAGAAGCCGGAGAGCCAGGUUGCAAUGGUACCAAGGGUGAGCCCGGAUUUCCUGGCGGCCCUGGAAGGCCUGGUAUUCCUGGAGUUAGAGGCCAAGAUGGUGUUCCUGGACCAAAAGGUGAACCAGGUCGAGCCCCAACUUUACUCAAAGGCGUCAAAGGCGAACCUGGACCAGAAGGACCCCAAGGGCCACCGGGUGUUCGAGGAGAUACUGGCUUCCCUGGUCUGAAUGGUACCCAAGGAUUGCCUGGACCAAAAGGACCACCAGGGCCCACAGGCCCAGAAGGGCCAAAGGGCAACAUGGGUAUUUCAUUUAAAGGACCACAAGGAAUGAAGGGUGACAAAGGUACAAAAGGUGCCAGAGGACCCCCUGGGGGUGGUAGUGGAGGAAGUGGGUGCAAUGGUACUACAAUCUUUAAAGGACCCCCUGGAGCUCCUGGAGAGAAGGGAGAGCCGGGUAAACAGGGAGAAAAGGGUGAAGAAGGAAGGCCCGGAUUACCUGGUGCGCAAGGAAUCGAGGGCCCAAAAGGUGAACGUGGGGAGCCUGGGAACCAAGGUCUGAAGGGCGAUAGAGGAGUAGAUGGUAAUCCCGGACCAAUUGGACCUUUGGGAGACCCAGGUAACAAAGGUGACCAAGGCCCACCUGGGGAACCUGGGGCGAGUGGAAGGCCUGGUAUUCCCGGACGACCUGGAACGCAGGGAGCCAAAGGAAGCACUGGCCUUCCUGGUAUCGGACCCCCCGGACCUGAUGGCGAUAGAGGGCCUCAAGGACCUACUGGCUUUCCAGGGACCAAAGGGAACCAAGGAAUUGCUGGACCCCCUGGACAAAUCGGAGAUCCCGGAAAAAUGGGACCCCAAGGCUUCAAAGGCGACCCCGGACCACCCGGUCCACCCGGAGAAGUCGGAGUUCCCGGCGCUCCUGGCAUGAAGGGCCCUAUUGGUAAACCUGGGCCUGUGGGCGACGCUGGGGCCCCUGGUGAGAAGGGAGCCCGUGGACUAAGCAUUCAAGGGACCCCUGGUAUGGACGGCAAAAGAGGACCUCGAGGACCCAUCGGAGAAAAAGGCCCCACCGGAUUCCCCGGACCUCCAGGCGACAGUGACUACGGACCGCCCGGAGAUAAAGGUCUGAAGGGUAACACCGGACCCCCUGGUGACGAAGGCGUGCCUGGCCCCAUCGGCCCCAAAGGAGACAAAUGCGAAGCUUGCCCCAAGCCCCCACCAGGACCUGCCGGAGAACCUGGCUCUCCCGGUCUACCUGGCGAAGAUGGUGCUAUCGGAAGCAGAGGUCUUCCUGGACCUUCUGGUGAACCUGGAAAGCCUGGUCCUGCUGGCCGUGCUGGACUUGCUGGACAAGAUGGUCUGCCCGGAACACCCGGUACGAAAGGUGAGCCUGGUCCGACUGGAGAGAAGGGAGAAGUGUUCAGGAUAAAGGGCGAGAAAGGAGCCAAAGGCCAGCAGGGAGGCAUCGGGAACCCUGGACCACCAGGCCUUCGCGGUGACGUGGGACCCCCCGGUGAACAAGGCCCGACAGGCGUUCCUGGUACAAAGGGUUUGAAGGGAGAACGCGGAAUUGAUGGUCGACCCGGUCAAAAUGGCACUGCUGGUUUCUCUGGACAAAAGGGCGAGAAAGGUCUGGAGGGCAUUACCAUUACCGGAGAGAAAGGCAACCCAGGACCCAAGGGAGACCGUGGAAUUCAAGGACCUAAGGGACUUCCUGGACCAAAAGGGGGCAAAGGGGAAUCAUGGACCUCAGGUGGCGUAGGCCAGAUCAAGCAAGGACCUCCCGGAGAUCCAGGAAAUCCAGGUACUGAUGGUCUUCCUGGUGCUCCUGGCCGUGAUGGUAUCGACGGUGUUCGUGGACCAAAAGGAGAACCUGGCUCUGACGGCAUGAAGGGUGAAGCCGGAGUUGGAAUCGAUGGGCCACCUGGACCACCUGGACCACCGGGUGUAACCGGGGAGCAGGGCGUUAAAGGUGAUACCGGUCCAAGUGGUGAACCUGGCCCUGCUGGUCCACCUGGCCCUCUUGGUACUCCCGGAACUCAGGGUGCUAAGGGAGAACCUGGCCCUCUUGGUACUCCUGGUAGACAAGGCCUUGCUGGACCACCAGGUCGUGAUGGUAUGAAGGGCGACCCUGGGCCGCGUGGUAGAGAUGGGCUUCCUGGAGAACCUGGUGCUCGUGGUGAUAUCGGAUCACGUGGUCUUCCUGGUGAAGACGGGCCCCGUGGACCCCCCGGAAUCCAGGGGAUGAAGGGCGCGAAAGGCGACGCAAUCACUGGCCCCACGGGACCACCAGGGCCCCCUGGACUUCCUGGAAGGCCCGGCUUGAAAGGUGAACGAGGCCGUGACGGACUAGAUGGACAAAAUGGAUUACCAGGAAUUCCCGGACCAAAGGGAGACACUGGCCCUGUCGGACCUCCUGGAAGACCUGGCCUUCCUGGACCUGUUGGAAAAGAGGGACCACCUGGAGAAGAUGGUAACAUUGGGGAGAAGGGCUACGCAGGUCUUCCUGGUCCACGAGGAGAAACUGGUGAAAAGGGACUGGACGGACCAUCAGGGCCACCUGGAACACCAGGACAACCAGGACCACCCGGCCCGCGCGGACCCGAGGGUCGUCAAGGUUUUCCAGGAUUCAAGGGUAACCAGGGAGAGAAGGGACGAAUGGGACCUCCUGGCACAUCCGAGCCCGGCAAUGUUCCGGGUCCCAAGGGAGAUCCAGGACCAGCAGGCCCGAGAGGACCCGCUGGCCGAAACGGUAUCGACGGAUUGCCCGGUACAAAGGGUGAGCCUGGAAGUCUAGGCGAGAAAGGAGAUGCUGGUAUUCCAGGACAACGUGGCCUUACUGGAAAUCCUGGACUACCGGGUGCGCAAGGGCUGAAGGGCGAGCCUGGACGAGACGGACAGAAUGGUAGCCCUGGACGCAAAGGGGAGCCUGGCCCCGCUGGAAAGAACGGCAUCAACGGACUUGAUGGACCACCCGGACCGGACGGACCCGCAGGCGUGCAGGGCGUGAAAGGUGACCCAGGAGUUGGACAACCAGGACUUCCUGGACCACCCGGACCAAAGGGCGAGCGAGGAGUUAACGGCUUCCCUGGCAUCAAGGGUAUCCAAGGCGUGCAGGGACUGGAGGGUCCACCAGGUCCUCCUGGCCCCCCUGGACAAAUAGGAUUCACUGGCGCCAAAGGAAGCAAGGGAGACCAAGGAGAACUGGUCAUCGAACGUGGCGCCCCUGGACCUCGUGGAAACACCGGUAACGAUGGUGUAGAUGGGCUUCCUGGACAAAAGGGACAGGCGGGACCACCCGGACCUCCUGGAACUGCCGGAUUACCUGGCUCUGAAGGUGCUAAGGGAGACCGAGGCAUCCCCGGAUUGAAUGGCCUGUCAGGAAUACCAGGAGAACGCGGUCCUGUCGGACCAGCCGGACCACCUGGCUUGCCUGGACGUGCUGGCCAGGCCGGUCCUAAGGGCGAAACUGGACUUCCUGGAAUGCCUGGUUUGGAUGGUGAGAAGGGUAGUGCUGGAGUACCUGGAAUCCCUGGAGGCCCAGGAGGCAGAGGGUUCAAGGGAGAUCAAGGACCACCAGGUCUCAAUGGCAACCCCGGUGCCCCUGGCGUGGACGGACCUACAGGACCUAAAGGCGAAUCAGGAAUCGCGGGACUUGACGGACCAAAAGGUGAGCCUGGUCUACCUGGACGCGACGGGCCUGCUGGUGAGAAGGGCUCUCCAGGACUAUCUGGCCUUCGUGGUGACAAGGGAGACAGAGGUCUGCCUGGACCCUCAGGCCCGCCCGGCGAGGAGGGCGCAAGAGGAUCUGAUGGAUUCCCCGGUAUUCCUGGCUCCAAGGGUGAACGAGGGCUUAUUGGACCCAAGGGAAUCAAAGGAGAGCGUGGCUACGGCAAAGGCAUUCCUGGACCUCGUGGAGAGAAGGGAGAUAGUGGCUUCCCUGGCAUUAACGGACCCCCAGGCCCUCCAGGUCAACGGGGCUACGAAGGAGCGCGAGGACCCCCUGGUGCAAAGGGACAGGCUGGAGAGGAUGGCCGACCUGGCGUACCAGGCGAGGAUGGUUUCCCCGGUAUCGAAGGCCCUCUCGGAGAGAAAGGUGCCACUGGCCUGCCUGGACUUACCGGUAGCAUUGGAGUCCCAGGUCCCCCAGGUUACUCCGACUUCGGCUUCUUUCUGACCCGCCACAGCCAGACCGUGCGUGUCCCCCGCUGUCCUGAGGAUCGCCCUCCGCUAUGGGAAGGCUACAGUCUGCUCUACGUCCAAGGAAACGAGCGGGCACACGGUCAAGAUCUCGGUAGCCCCGGCUCCUGCAUCCAGCGCUUCAGCACCAUGCCUUUCCUGUUCUGUAACAUCAACAAUGUCUGUAAUCUCGCCUCAAGAAAUGACUAUAGCUUCUGGCUAUCCACACCUGAGCCUAUCCCCAUGAUGCCGGUACAAGAGACCAAUGUCCAGCCCUACAUCGGCCGCUGUGCCGUGUGUGAGGUCAGCUCUCACGUGAUGGCUGUACACAGCCAGUCCAUCACCGUACCAAGCUGCCCCUCGGGUUGGAGUCCACUGUGGCAAGGUUACAGCUUCUUGAUGCACACAAGUGCCGGCAAUGAUGGCUCAGGCCAGCUUCUAUCUUCGCCAGGAUCUUGUCUCGAGGAUUUCCGCGCUCAUCCUUUCAUCGAGUGCCAUGGCCGGGGCACAUGCCAUUAUUACGGUAGCACUUACAGCUUUUGGCUCGCCACUGUCGACCAGAACAAACAGUUCCGCAUCCCUAAACCCGAGACGCUCAAAGCCGGCAACCUUCGAGAACGAGUUAGUCGCUGUCAAGUUUGUCAAAAGAACAUCCGAAGCGGUUCUUCUAGCGCUUCUGGUGCUCGAUUACGAAACUAGGCAACUAAUUUAGACAAGACAUGAGUUUUACAAAUUUUGACUUCGACUUCGACCUUAAGACACAAGGUCUUUUAAUACUAUUUUAUGAGUCGCAACGUGCGCUGUCGGUAUUUCUUCGGAUGCGUAUUUUGUGCCUGGGUUUUCAUAGACUCGAAUGGUGUAUACUGACAUAUUUUUAAACCUCGCGUAAACCAACUGGUAAUUUUUCCUGAUCCGCCAUUACGGUGUGGUCGUAUCGAAAUGUCCGAGCUAGACUAGAGCCCAGUCUCCGCCAGACUGUAAAAAUCACUAGUCGUAUACUAGUAACAACACAAACCAAAGGCCAAACGCGCGACGCUGUUCAACGUAGCUAGCAAGCCUGUUUCAGUUAGAAAACGUUUUAUGAAUUUAUGUAUAUUCUAUUUUAAAUCUUUCCGCUAAGACUAGUAUAGUUUUGAAUAGUUGUAGUGUACCGUCGACAUGAUUGAGUGACUAACAAUAGGUUUUAGAGCAAUUUUUUUCCGACGAUAAUUUAUUUAGAUCAUUCCCCAAGUCCCCUCUCUCCAAUCCCCGCUAAGUUGUAAUAAUUAUUUGCUUCUGGUUAUUCAAACUUCUUUGAUGCAGAAUAAGAUAAUAUAAUUGUUUUCUUAUUCUGUGAUGAUUUUGCUUCAUUUGUCUCAUGUGUGUAUAACUGCUUGCACGAACUUCCAAGGAAGAAAAGAAACUUCCAUGUCCACUGUAAAAUCAAACUUGUUCAUAUUUGUUUUGGUUUCUUUCUCCUUUUCUCUGAUUUCGACUAUUGGGUAAAUACCACAUAUUAUUUUCCCGUCAAAAACAGUGCUCCCCGUGCUAUCCAUGUUGCCUUUCGGCUUUAUUCAUCUAUUUUUUUACAUACUGCAAGCAACCAAGUGUAACUUUGCAGCAGUCAUACAGCAUAAUAACAAAGUGUUUAUUUCUAAAAAAAAAAAGUAUAUUAUAGACAAUUUUUGUUUAAAUAUAAAAUGUGUAACAGUAAAAAAUGCGGAGUUUAUUAUUUUAAAACUGACAAUUAUCAAAAUCUUUAAUAAAGCAAUAAAAAAAAGUAAAGUAAAAUAUGUAAUUAUAGCUCCCGUGCAGAAUCAUUUUUUAUAUAUUUCUUGUUAAGAGACGUGAUUUUUGUUUUGUAUGUUGGGCAAUAAAUGUUUAGUUUUUACCUGUA